GAGAGGGAGAGAGAGAGAGAGAGGGAGGCUCUGGAUAAACAGGCUGUCAGAAGACGAGCGCCGGGGCAUUUUAACCGGAGAGGCUGGAGAGGGUUUCGCACGCGCCUCAUCUUCAUUUCCAAAUUUUUAUUUUGCAAAGAGGAGGUCCACAGAAUAAGAAGGAGCCGGGAAGAGAGGCAGAGAAGAGGAGGAGGAGGAGGAGAAAGAGAAGGAGGAGAAGAGCUUUAAUUAAUUCAGGCUGGAGGGGAGGGAUGUUGCCGUUGCUGUCGGAGGGGGACCUGCUUCCUGUUCUCAGCUGACGCGCUAACACCCCCCCCCCCCCACCCCCCUCCCCCUCCACCCCCAGGACCCGCUGAGGUGGAGAUCGCCAGCGAGGGUCAUUCCCCGUGAGAGAAGGAGAGCGAAAGAGAGGGUGGAAAGAGAGGGAGAGAGACGCUUCUGUUGCCUCGUUUGCCUGGGACAGAGACCAGCCUGACAGCUCCGCGAUCUUCAGCACGGAGGUGCAGGGAGGUGCACGGAGGCACAGGGAGGCGCAGGGAGGCGCAGGGAGGCGCAGGGAUCCAGUGGGAGCCUAUCAUCACCGGGACGAGAGUGGAGACAGGAAGCUGUGUGGGUGUGGCAUAACUGAUCAGGGAUCAGAGUGAGGGCCUUGUGGGAGGUGACCCCUGACAUCGGAGGAUUAGGGGGCUCCGCGUCCUGCCCCCAUACUCCCCUCUCCCCCUGCUCGCAGGGCGGCUCUGGGACGAUGCUGACCCCCCCCUCCAGCUCCGGUUUAAACCGCACCCAGGGAUAACCAGCACCCCCCCGCCGCCACGCCGCCCGCCAGCACCGCCGCCAUCAUGGGGGACGGGAGCUGGGUGUGCCUGAGCCCCGCCGAGUUCAGCCAGCUGCAGCAGUACAGCGAGUAUUCCACAAAGAAGCUGAAAGAUGUCCUGGAGGAGUUUCACGGAGACGGAGUUCUCGCCAAAUACAACCCCGAGCAGCCAAUCGAUUACGAGGGCUUCCAGCUCUUCAUGAAGACCUACCUGGAGAACGACAUUCCCGAGGAGCUGUGCCAGCACCUCUUCACCUCCUUCAAGAGCAAGACGGGGGAUGGCUCCCCCGGGCUGCCCCGCACAGGUGCGGGCCUGCUAGAGCCUAGAUCGAUCGAUGCGGGCAUCUCUAUUCAGACAGAAGUGGCAUGUGCCCCCAUAACAGGAAUGAACGGUAAGAGCAUCCUGAGCGCCAUGGCCCGCCACACGCCGGACCAGGCCGCCGCCGUCGUCAUGGCGACGGGGUCGGGCGCCACCGCCUCGCCCUGCUCCUCGCGCUCCUCGUCCCAGCGGUCCGGGACGGGGGGCCACACGCCGGCCGGCCCCCACCGCUCGCCCUGCGCCCAGCCGAAACCCCCGGGGGCCGGGAGCAACGCCCUGGUCCCCUCAAAGGGCCCCGCCUCUCCCCACCUCAACCCCCAGUCCCCAGAUCGAAGCCGAGCGGAGAAGCGCCCGUCGCUGCGCCGGAGCCCGUCCCCGCAGAAGGGAGCCCCCCUGCCGGCGCCCCAGGUGGUGUUUCUGAAGGACAUCGUGUGCUACCUGUCCCUGCUGGAGAGGGGGACCCCCGAGGACAAACUCGAGUUCAUGUUCCGGUUAUACGACACGGACGGCAACGGACUGCUGGACAGCUCGGAACUGGACCGCAUUAUCAAUCAGAUGGUUCAUGUAGCGGAGUACCUGGAGUGGGACUCCACAGAGCUACGUCCGAUCCUGAAGGAGAUGAUGGAGGAGAUCGAUUUUGACCGGGACGGCACUGUCACGCUGGAGGAGUGGAUCCGCGGCGGGAUGACCACCAUUCCGCUUCUGGUGCUGCUCGGCAUGGAGACGAACAUGCAGGAGGACGGGCAGCAUGUGUGGAGACUGAAGCACUUCAACAAGCCGGCCUACUGCAACUACUGCCUCACCAUGCUUCUGGGCGUGCGCAAGCAGGGCCUGAGCUGCUCCCUAUGCAAGUACACAGUCCACGAGCGCUGUGUGUCCAAAGACAUCGCCGCCUGCGUCAGCACCUACGCCAAGUCCCGGAGACACACUAACGCCAUGCAGCACGUGUGGAUGGAGGGGAACUCUCCCACGAAGUGCGAUCGCUGCCACCGGAGCAUCAAAUGCUACCAGGGCCUGACCGGCCUCCACUGCGUGUGGUGCCAGAUAACCCUUCAUAACAAGUGCGCGUCCAACGUGAAGCCCGACUGUGACGGGGGGGCACUGAGGGACCACACCCUGCUGCCCUCCUACAUCUGCCCUGUGGUGCUGGACCGGCACUCCGGGGUGAAGCGGGGAGAAGGAGACUCCCCCCCCAGCACCAGCCCUGAUGACACUGGCCAGAGCUUCAAGUUCACCGGAGAUGGACAAGGGCUGCAGAUCACCCCUCUGCCAGGGACACACCCCCUCUUGGUAUUGGUCAACCCGAAAAGCGGGGGACGGCAGGGUGAAAGGGUCCUGCGGAAGUUCCAGUACCUUCUGAACCCGAGGCAAGUCUACAGUCUGGACCGGGGCGGGCCAAUGGCUGGAAAAACAGAGCGGAAGGGAUGGAGCUACGAGGGCGGAAACCUGCUCAAAUUUCUGCGGGACAUCGAGCACAGCACGGAGAUGGUGCUGGAUCGCUGGAACAUCGACAUCAUCCCGGACGACAAGGAGGAGAAGGGCGACCCUGUCCCCUACAGCAUCGUCAACAACUACUUCUCCAUCGGAGUGGAUGCCUCCAUUGCCCAUCGUUUCCACCUGAUGAGGGAGAAGCAUCCAGAAAAAUUCAACAGCAGGAUGAAGAACAAACUGUGGUAUUUUGAGUUCGGCACCUCGGAGACCAUCGCUGCCACCUGCAAGAAGCUGAACGAGAGCCUGGAGGUGGAGUGCGACGGCAUCAUCCUGGACCUCAGCAGCACCUCCCUGGAGGGCAUCGCCGUCCUGAACAUUCCCAGCAUGCACGGCGGGUCCAACCUCUGGGGCGAGACCAAGAAGAGGCGGAACUACAACCGCAUGAGCAAGAAGGUGCCAGAGAGGGCGCCGAUGACCACCGUGACCGACGCCAAGGAGCUCAAGUUCUGCGUCCAGGACCUGAGUGAUCAGCUGCUGGAGGUGGUGGGGCUGGAGGGGGCCAUAGAGAUGGGCCAGAUCUACACCGGCCUCAAGAGCGCCGGACGCCGACUGGCACAGUGUGCCAGCGUCACCAUCAGGACGUCCCGGAUGAUGCCCAUGCAGAUUGAUGGGGAGCCCUGGGUGCAGCCCCCCUGCACGGUGCGAAUCACACACAAGAACCAGGUGCCCAUGCUCUUGGGACCCCCCCAGAAGACCCCCUUCUUCUUUUUCAAGAGGCGGAACAGGAGUCGAGAUUAGGGGAGGGAGGAGGGUGAGGACACCCUGCCCCUCCCCUUCCCACCUCCCACAGCUCCAGCAGCUGAUUGGUGCAGACCCAUGCGGAGGUGGAGCUAAGAGUUUGGGGGGGGGGGCGUAGACCUGUGGGGACAAUAACACGCUACUGAGACAAUGACUACAUCUCCCACAAUACCUCCCCCCAACCCUCAGGAGGUGGGACCCCCCCCUCCCCCACACCCUCUGACUCUCAAUGUCUACUGACUCUCAAUUGACUACUGCCCAAAUGCCCCUGCCCUAAUUCCCCUUGAACUGUGACCUGUAACCUGUGACCUUUGACCUGCCAUUGGCCCUCGAGAGCAGUGAGCCCCCUUUCUCCAGCUGUGCCACACUGCCCGGGGGCCAUGCCACACCCGGCCGUCCCCUCGCCUUAGAGAGGAACCAUCGAGGUUUCCCCAAGUGGAUACUGCCAUUGGUCCGUUCCGUUUCCCAUGAUCCCCCCCUGCACUCGCUGAGCGACUCUUACAAUGCAGGGGAGUGGCUGUGACCCCGUUCUCGGUGGAAGCUUCGAUCACCUUCUCAGAUAGGAUCAGGAAUCGGAUGAGAGAUAAAGAGAGAAAGAGGGAGAGACUGAGGGGGAGAGAGAAACAGUGAGAAGGAGAGAGAGGGGAAAAGAGAGGGAGUGAGAAGGAGUCGUGCUCAUACAGUUCUGAAGGUGGGAGGGGUGCUGUGUGUGCCUUGGCACGAGAGUUUAAGAGCACUAAAGAUUGGCCUUCUGGGACUGGGGAAACAGGCUCUCCUCCAUGAAGAACACAAUAAAUAAUGGAUUCAGUUCAAGCAGAGUAUUCAUUCCAGGUCCUCUCCAGAGCCCUUGCACACUCAACAGAAAACUCAUUUAUUAUUGAGGGUUUUUGGCUGCAGGUGUAGGAGCUGGG